ACCCUCUCCCUCCCUCUGCCAGGAAUGUAAGCUGCCUCUGCAGUGUCACUUGCAGGGGGAUCGCUGAGCGUGUCCAGGAGAGCACCCUACUUCCUAAAGCUCAGUGUCACCUCCACCUGCCACUAAGUCUAGCUGGCGUCCCCUCCCUGCUCGUGUCAUUCUCUAGCACUCUGCAGUCACUUCUAGAUAUUUCCACCCCUUUCUCUGGCGUCACCCUGGGCGGUAGAUAAGUCUGCCUUAAGGGGUGAGAAGACCCACUAUGUCUCAUUAUCCGAUCUCCAGAAGCAACAUGAAGACCACGCAAGGCUCAGCGAUUCCAAACAGCGACCCCCUCCCCCCGGGUUGGGAGAUUAAACUGGACCCCCAGACUGGGUGGCCUUUUUUUGUGGAUCAUAAUAAUAGGACCACCACAUGGAAUGACCCCCGAAUACAGGACAAUGUCAAGGUUAACCAGACAUUUGCUAAUGGUCCUUCUCAGGAGAGUCACAAGCCACUUCCUUUAAGAGAAGGAAAUAUCUACUACCCUCAGCUCCGGCCUGGUUAUAUCCAAAUUCCUGUCCUACACGAUGGCUUGGAAAACAGACAGCAACAUCCUUAUUAUACAUUAUGCCAACCUGGGAUGCAGAGAGUAAAGUGUGAACCUGUCUCUACACAAAAAAGGUCACAGUCUCCACUGAGGGGCUUCACGCGUCCACAGUCUCCUGCCUGGAGUCCACCGGAGUCUCCUCAGACAGAUAAACAAGGCGGGCAAAUCACAGGACCUCCUAGGCAAUCUGUAUCUCCUCAAGGCCCUUCGCCACCGCCUUCAGUUGCAGAAUCACAGAACAGUCGUUCGCAGUCACCAGGAAGACAAAGUACUGGUGGUUACCAGCUGCCACGUGGUUAUAUACAGAUUCCUGUGAUCCAUGAGAGCAAUGUCCCACGACAACCUACCCAAAACUUCCACCAGACACAGAAAACACAUUAUCCGCCACAAGCAGCAGGAGACUACCAGUCACACCAUCCCGUGUUCCACAAAAUUCAGGAUGAGAGGGACUCUAGGACACCACCAUCCCAGUCCCCAAUAAGAACAAGAAAACUGAGCUCCAGCCGGGAAAGCUCCCCUGUCAGAGUCACUUCCCCGUCAUCUACUCCUAUUAGAGUGCAGGCUGUGGUGGAUAAACACCAGGGUCAACAAAUCCCUCAGCAUCGGCAGUCUCCAUCAUGGUCUCAGUCAGAGAAUAGGCAAAGUCCUCCACCCGCCUAUCAGCCGCCAGUUACUGUUCCUAUUCAAAUACCCACUAAGGAGGAGUUUUGUGACUCUCCUCCGCAGAAAGAAGAAAAAGUGGAGGUAAAGCCUUCAAUUAAUAUCUCAGUUCCUCCUGUAGAGGAGACUCCUGCUACAAAAGAGACCACUCCUCAGAAAGCACCUGAAGAGACAGAAUCCCAGCAGAAACACCCCGGUGUCCUUCAGGUGGAAAAAAUUUUAAACAGAGUGCAGGAUUUGGAACAAGCUGUGAACAGCUUUCGGGGCAUUAAAAAUAGCAAGAAUUAUCUGGUGUUGGAGGAAUAUCUCACUAAAGAGCUGUUAGCUCUGGAUUCUGUAGACCCUGAAGGUCGAGUAGAUGUACGGCAAGCUAGGAGAGAUGGGGUGAGAAAAGUUCAAAACAUUUUGGAAGCAUUGGAAGAAAAAGCUUCAGCACGUUCACCAACAAUGGACCUAUCUAGUGGCUCUGAAAAUUCCAUGGAGUUUGACACCAGAAGUGACAAAAGCAAUGAGGAACCUACCACUUCAAGUGUCUCAGAUCAACCCACUACAGAAAGCCAUCGAUCGGGAAAGGUAGACAUGGCUCCUGAAUCCACUGCAUUGACAACCAGCUCAGGACAGUAGCAGUUUGCACAUUAAGAAAACAAUCUCAGAACUUGUAGGAUGCGGGUUAGACUUAAGAUUUGAAUUAGGAAGGAUGCAUGUGUUUCCAAAGCUUUUGCACCUAUAUGCUUUCACAACACAAAAACAACUUGGAUACUAUGAAAAUAUAGACUUUCUGUGCAAAUGGAAAAACAAAAAGCUUCAACUAGCAUUGCUGUGUUAUUAGAUCCAUUCAGCCGAUUUUAUUGACAUUGUACAUUGUUUAAUUUGCUCUGGUGGUGAGGACUUGAAAAUGGAUGAUUAAAAAAAAAAAACUAAAGAUUUUUUGGAGAUAAUAGGCUACUUGUCAUUGAUUUUUUUUUUCUUUUUUCAUUUUAACUGGACACAAUAUAUCUGACUGUUUUUAUUAGGUUAUAAAUGAACACCUUUCAUUACAUUUUAACAAAGCUAAGAUACCAAAAUGCUGUAAAAAGCGGUCUGUUUUUGCUCUGUAAUACAGUUGUUACGCUACACUGGACUCUGUCAGGUUAUUUUGGUGUUAUUUCUGCACUGAAUGUAAAUUUAAUCCUGGGUUUUUGCAAAAGGAAAGUGGUUUAACAGCACUGCAUGUUUCGUUCUGAAGCCAUAGCUACAAUCAAAAUAAAGGCAGAGCGCAACACUUUUAAUAUAGUGAUUGGCCUUAAAAGCACUAAGGGCCUAAAGAGCUCUGGCGAUAUUAUCUAUUGAGAUAUUUAGAAAUGACUAAAUAGAAAUGACUGCUGACAUUUCAAGACAGAUCACUUGUGUUAAAAUUAUUGUUAUUAUAUUGUUAACUUUUUGUUUCUUUGUAUAGAAGUACUGCAACAAUCAGCUCACUAAAUCGAUCUCUUGAGAACAUUCAUUAGAUGAUAAUGCACUUGGGAUAUUUUCAUCUUCAAGCUACAUAUAAUAUAUAAGUUACCAGCAGUGCCACAUUUAUUAAUAUUAAAAUCAUUAGAGAUUUCCAAGCCAUUAAAAGAAGCCUGACACAGGGAUUUCAAAAAGUAAAUCAUUUAUUGAAUCAAGUUAAAAAAAACCCCCAGAGAACAUGUAGGGCCAUGCUUGACAACCAUACGCAUUUCAUGCUACACGAGUAAGUGCUAGCUAUUUUUUUCUUUCAUGAUUCAGAGCAGCAGUUUUAAGCAACUUUCUAAUUUACUCCGAUUAUCAAUUUUUUUUAUUUUGUUAUCUUGCUAUCUUUAUUUAAAAAGCAAGAAUGCAAGCUUAGGAGCCAACCCAUUUUGGUUCAGCACCUGGGUUGCACUUGCAUCUUAGAUUCCUGCUUUUUCAAAUAAAGAUAGCAAGAGAAUGAAGAAACAUUGAUAAUAGGCGUAAAUUAGAAAAGUUGCUUAAAAUUGCAUGCUCUUUCUGAAUCAUGAAAGAAACAAUGUGGGCUUAAAUAUUGUAUUUUUUGUGUCCUUUUAAAGUUGGUUUUCCCUUGAGGUUCACAUUACAUUACCGUUCACUACUUUCACAUAUGAGCACCUUAGGUAAUCCUGUAAAGUGUGUUUAUAUAUUUGUAUGUGUGAACAAGAAUUUAACAGUUUAUUUUAAAAUAAAAUUAAUAUAUAAUAAGCAAA